CCGGUCAAUCAGUCCCGUCGGACAGCUGCGUGGGGUGGUUGGUGAUGGUGGUGGUGGUGGUGGUGGUGAAGGGGGUGCGUACAGUAUCCCUACCUCCAAUCGGUCGCACUUGGUUUGAGGCGGUCACACUGCUGCUCACUGUGGUCUCCAGUCAGUCAGUCUACCUGCCUACAUGCAGUGCUUGUACAGGACUGUCCCGUAGUGUGCUGUGCAUACAUAUAUGGCGGUACCCUGGUCGGCGGCUUUGACACACCAACCAAGCCUACUACUUGGCUGCUGGACCAACAAACACUGCCUAUCCUUUGUGCCAUCCAUGACUUGCAAUUGGCCGAACCAAGCCAUUGCCCUGAUUCGCCCGCUGCUCUGCCAUCAUUCAUUCAAUCCAUCGAUUCUUUCCUCCAUCCUCCAUCCAUCCAUCCUCAAUCUAAUCUAACCUCUUACACACACACGCACACGCAACAAACGGACGUGCGGCUUGUUUCUGCUACCUGUCUAGAUGCUCCGAGCCACCGACAAGCCACCCACCCACACAUUCACACAUCCCUAGUUGGUCUAAGCCUGCCUGCUUACUUGCUUGCCUGCGUGCUGUGCUGCGCUGCGCUGAGCUGGACCGGACUGCUCCUCCUCGCCGCUCCUGGACAGGAAGAAAGGAAGAAAAAAAAAACCGUGGUCCCCUGGCGACUGGUCUCAUUCACCUGCCCCAUUGUUGCUGAACAUGCCUGUGUGUGUGUGUGUCAAAUUGUGGCCUUGGGUCGUCAUCACUGACCUGAUGCCCGCCCGUCUCCACACCAACCCAAACGCAGCACAAACGGCCCCAAGCCACGGCCUGCCACCUAGCCUCCCCCGUCCCGCCAACUUUUGACCUCCCUCUCGCCUUUGACUCUCUUGCGCUUGCAUGUUUUAGCCCACCCUGUCGACGCUUGCUGCUCCCGCUGAUGGAUGAGGACGACGACGAGGAUGCUGAUGAUUAUCAUUAUUAUUAUUAACAUUACCUACCUAGUACCGGCCUGCCUACCCAUCGCUCCCUGACGCCGCCCCCCCCUUCACGCACACACACACACAUACCCCUCCCUGGUACCCACCCACGCACAAUAAUAAUACAUCAAUCCAUCCAUCCAUCCAUCCAUCCAUCUAGACGCAUAUUCAAUACCGUACACUAUUCCCUCCCGCUCCCGGUCUAGUCUCUGCUCUCAUCCCAUCUCACCAUCCUGGCUAGCUCCGGUGUCGUCGUCGCCGUAGUCAUUCAUUCAUUCAUCGUCGUCGUCGUCUGCUGCUGCGUCGUCUUGCCUUGAUCCGUGUGUCCUAUCCCGGGCGGGCCUUGGACUACCCUUCCAUUCCCUUUCCGCUGCUUGCUCCUUCGUUCCCUUUAUUGCUGCUGCUGCUCUGACCAUCCCCCCACCCACAUUUACUUUGUACCAACACUUACCCUCCUCGGAACCAGGGUUGCAUUCAUUGGUCCCCGGAGGAGCAUAUUUGCCUUGCCAGAGCAUACCAUCAACAACUCGCCCCGAGCCGUCUCCUUGCUUGGCUCGUCCGCCGACGCCUAGCCUCGUUCUGCUUGCAUCACUUCACCGCAGACCCCCGGUCCGCCAUGUCGUGAAGACAGUCAUCCAGCCGUGCAAACGCAAUUGCCUCCUGCCUGCUUGUCUUUGCUUCCGCUUCCUUCUCCACUAUACUACUUGUUCUUCUUCCAUUUCUUCUUCUUCUUCUUAUACUACUUCUACUUCUGCUGCUACUACUUCCUCGUCUAGCUGACCUUGUCUCGCCUUCCCUACCCGUUCUUCUACAUGCACGCCACUUUCCUCCUUCACCAUCGCUUGAGCUCCUGCCUUCCUAGUCCGCCGUCGUCCCACUUCACCUCACCUUUCGACCCGACCCCAUGCUCGAGCUACAGCUACCCAAUCCAAUGCCUCACGCCGUGUCGCGAGAGCAUCCCUUCGACUUUUACCCUCCCUCCUCCUCGUCCUCUCGCCCCACGUACAAGCUCGAUUCCACCCGUACCAUGAACUUCCCACAACUACCCGUCCCUCGUCUGCCUCAGGGCUAUGAGGUGGAGUCCUCAAGAUCAAACACCCGUCGCCAGCUUACGCCCCCCUCGGAAAUCCCGGGCUCCGCCGUGAGACUCGUCUCUCUGCCACCUACAGACGGUGCUGGCCAGCAAUUCGGAUACCAAUUGCCCGCAAUCGGAAACUCCAGAGCUGCCACCGCUCAGAUCAGCCCGGAAGCUCAGCCUCCGCAACAAUCACAAGAUGCUCGGCAACAGAAGAAGUGGUCAAUCUCUCCCAAUCUGCGAGUUCCGCCCUCCAUCAGUACUCCGCAAGAAGGUCUUCCUCAACUCGCCGCUGAAGUGACGUGCCUUUUUUGGUUCGAGAGCUCCACCAUCCUCAAACAGGUGGUAGGAACCAGCUCACCGAAGAACAUUUUACCCCUCGUACCAGACGCUUUACCCACCCCAGGAUUUCGCAAAUGGGUAGCCACCAUCCUCACAACAACCCAAGUCGCGCAGAAUGUCAUCCUCCUUGCAUUGCUCUUCAUAUACCGAUUGAAGCGUGCAAACCCAUCGGUCAAGGGCAAGCCUGGCAGUGAGUAUCGGUUGCUGACCGUAGCAUUAAUGCUGGGCAACAAGUUUCUAGACGACAAUACCUAUACCAACAAAACGUGGGCUGAGGUUUCGGGCAUUUCGGUUCAGGAAGUGCACAUAAUGGAGGUGGAGUUUCUCAGCAAUAUGCGGUACAGCCUUUUCACCUCGCACAAGGAAUGGGAAGAUUGGCACACAACCUUAGGGAAGUUUGGAACCUUCUUCGAUCGAGCUUCGAAAAUCCAAACCACCGGCGCUGUCAGCCCGGUAGGCAUGCUGAUGCCUUCGCUACAAGCUUCUCAGCAAUUCACACACUCUCCAGUCUCUGCGCAACAGACUUCUCCGCCAUCCACCUUGCUCAUGACACCGACCAACUCGCAGUUUUCCAAUACGCCGCUCCUGCAACCUCAGGCCACUUCAACAGCUGUAUCACCAAUCGGACAGCUUCCAGAUUUGGGGCCCAUUGGGCAACGCAAACGCAGUCAUGAUCAUAGCGGUGAACCCGCCCCGAAGAGGCAAGCCCACGGGUUUGCUCCAGGCCCUUAUAGCAACGGCCCCCUCAUUCCAACCCUGCAAGCGCCUGUACAGCGGUCGUUUGAGCCCCCACCUACUAUGAACCGCCUGCCGCCACUUCCCAGCCUUUCUAUACCAACACCACAAACCAACCCGCCCAUGCAAGUUAAAAACUGGUCCGAUCUUCCUCUUCCCGUCUCUGGAAGCCGCUCUAUGGCCAUGGUUUACCCUCCACCUGUGCAGUGGCAGCAACCCGUCAGUACACCUACUUCGACUGGUGCUCCGUCGUUCCCUGCCACCUAUACGCCUAGUAGAACCGACCGUUCACGUCAAGUCAGCCCGUACCCACCCUCUGCUGGAUCGUCGCCCCUCAGUGCCUCUUUUACCUCCGCUCAACGCCAACUUUCGCCUUCGCAUUUCUUGAGUCAAAGACAAUCACCCUACCGUCCAGUCCGGGGGGUUCACACUCUUCUUGUCCCCCCUCCUUCAACCUCGAUGCAUAGCCCCGCUCGCAAUAUUGGCUACGAGCAGAUGCAAUACCAGCCACUCGGCCGACCCAUGACAGAGCGUCGUAUUGGCCCACUUCCAUAUAUGGACCACAGCGCUUGGUCAGAGCCCCACCACCUCAAUUCUCUCCCUAUUCCUAUCCCUCAGCAGCCGGAUUUCCGCUGAACACUAGCUUCAUUCUCUGUACACCAUUUUCGCUACCAACGGCUCAUUCCUUUUUUCCAUUUAUCGAUUCACUUUCUGCGUUUUAGCGUGCAUUGCAUUGGGCAGGAUCGGUUUUUACCUUUUUCUUUUUGAUUGGCCGUUGACGCUGGACGUGGAUAACGCCAGUACUGCAUUGCAUCAUAUCAUAUCACAUCAUACCAUGGAUGGCGUUUUUUUAUCAUGUCACUAUACUCUUCGAGCCAGAUGUUCCACCGAGGCGCUGGCAGCUGAAUGCCCUGGAAGCAGGUAUUCGUCCCUUCGGUAGAGAAGCUUCGUGAUCCAUUGCGGGCAGGGCACAUGAGUCAUGACGGUAAAGUGUGCACCACAUUGUGCGCCUUUGCUAUAUCCGUCACCUGGACGGCGAAGGAGGAUCUCGCAGUGUUCACCUUAGAUAAGGAGUGAGGAGUUCGGUAGAUUCCAAGAUUGGCUUUCUAUUAGCUACAACACGUUCUUUACUUUGUUUUCCCUGUGCGUGACUGGUCCUAAAAUCUAAUAUAAGCCACAGUCCUCUAUUUCCUUCUGCGUCCCAGGACAUCGGUAGUUUGCCGUCCAAAACGCGUGACAAUUGACAACUAUCCAAAUGUUGUCGGGAACGUAGUGCUGCUUUUAACGAACUUCGUUCCAUCGCCUCCUC